UGUGCCACUUUCCCGUCAGGUCUCCACUUACACUGUUGGUGGGUUAGUCGUCCAUUUUGUGGGGAUAGGGUGCUGUCAAAUGGCCUUCGCACUCUGCUGCUGCCUCCACCGCCACCUCUGCGCCAUGGUGCCUCUGUCAUGGACUUCCAUGCUUUUUUCUCCUUACCGAGGCCUGUUGUUUGGCUGUAUGGCCGAAUAUUGCUGCUGCAUCCACUGCCACCCUGCGCCAUGUGCCUCUGUCGUCUGCUCACAGCUGCUGACAGGCUUCCGCUUUUUAACCUAGGCCUGCGUAUGGCUUCCGAAUACUGCUGCCUCCACCGCCACCCUGCGCCCUGUGCCUCUGUCGUCUGCUCACGCUGCUGC